ACGUUGUUAAACAUGAAAGUGCUUCCGAAAACUUUGAAUAAAAUUUUAUUUUAUCUACAACUUGUAACACUGUCAUUAGCAUGUAAUUUAAAAUAUUCCAAUAAAGAAUGGCUGGACGAAUGGCGUUUGCUGGUAAUACAAGAUGCAAAUAAUCAAUAUCAAUUGUUAAGAGAUCAUAAUGUGGAUGCCAAUCAAAUGAUCUAUAUGCUGUGUGAUGGUCAACCGAAACUGAUAACAGCAACAUGUAACGCUAAUCAAAGAUUUGAUAAAGCUUUGCCUCUGGCAGAGAAAUGCCCAGACAGAGAGAGUAUUGUGCCAGUAAGAUUUGCUGAAAAGGUUUCCUAUUGCCCUUAUACUCUAUAUAAAAUUGGUUUUAAUAUUGUAAUUGAUUCACGCACACAAUUUCUGGAAACUUAUCGUGUGUGUUUCGAUCAAAAACAUAUGAGACCCGUAUUUACAGUCAGUAAAGCGUAUCCGGUGGGCGGUGGACGUCCAGGCUUUUUACAAUUUAAUCCUGAUGAUAUUUUCUAUGGUCGCCAUUUUUCCGCCUUUUCUCGCAAAAACACUUUUGAGAGAUUCAAUAAAUCACUGGGCAACACACAAACAUAUAUGAAUCCCAAAAAUUUGGAUCACAUUAUUGAUCGUGGCCAUUUAACACCUAGUGCCGACUUUACAUUAACCAAUCUCAAGCGCUCCACUUUCAACAUGAUCAAUGUCAUACCCCAAUUUAAAACCAUCGACAAUGGUAAUUGGAGAUUAAUAGAGGAAUGGACGAGACAUUCAACUCGUACUCCUGGACAUAUAUGCACGGGUGUUUUAGACUGCAAUUUGGAUGCAACUCAUGCUUCGGAUUUAAAUUGUAUUGUAAAACUUCAGGAUGCUAAAGGGAAAUGGGUGCCCAUGUUUUUGGCUGAUAAUCGUAAAAUUCCCAUACCAUUGUGGUCUUAUAAAAUUGUGAAAAACAAGGAAACUUCCCUGGUAUUCUUAACAUUAAAUAAUAUUUAUCAUAAAGGCGAAGUUCAAGUACCGCAGGAUGUGUGUCAGCAAAUCGAAUGUCCGCUGGCAUUAACACAAACCAUUAAGGAGGGUCGGACAUUCUGUUGUAGUUAUAAUGAGUUUAUUAACAAAAAUGUACCACAUUUAAGGGGAGUUUGUUAAAAAUAAAAUAAUAUAUACUUAAUAUAAACAAA